GCCAGCCUUCUCCAAGGAAUAACCUCUUCAUCCCCAAGUGACGCCAGCUCCUGCUAGUACCAUGGGGCCAGAGGGUGGUUUCUUAGGCAGUGGACAGGUCCACGUCAUCCUGUGGGGAAGUUUGGCAGCCAUGACAACACUCUUGUUCCUCACGUUCCUCAUCUUCCUCUGCUCCAGCUGCAACAGGGAAAAGAAGGCCAAACAGCAGAACGGAGAUCAUGAAAAUCUGAUGAAUGUGCCUUCCGAUAAGGAGGUGUUCAGCCACUCGAUCACAAGUUCGGCUACAGACCCUCCUCCAAGCAGUGACCAUAACGGAGCACUCAGCAAUGGCGAGGUACUCUCAGAGGACAGUACAACUGCUUGUAUCCAGCCUUAUGAAGAAGUACAGACGUCUGUCUCUGAUCUGCUAGAUCAACAGGAUAGUCUUGGAAAGUCUAUAAAAUGUCACCAGAGCCGGGAACUACCCAGUAUUCCCCCUAACAACACCAUGGAAACCAUCAUCUCGGCUAGAAAUGCAGAAAAUGAUCAAGGUCUUGGAAUGGAAGGGCCUUACGAAGUCUUGAAAGACAGCUCCUCUCAGGAGAACAUAGUUGAAGACUGCUUGUAUGAAACUGUGAAGGAAAUUAAAGAUGUUGGAGCAGUAGCCAGCAUGGAAGGGAGCUGUAACAGCAAAUCAGAGGCUUCGGUGACAGUUUCUGAAGGUCAGAAUCAGAUUCCUGAGUGCAGAAUUGAAUCAGCAGAAUAUGCAUCUGUUGACCGAAAUAAAAAAAGUCGCCAAAGUGCUAAUUCAGAAAGCCCUCUUGACAACACACCAGAUGUAGAGGAUGAGCUUCCCCCUCCGGUACCCAUGAAACUUCUUGAUGAAAAUGAGAAUGUGCAAGAAAAAGAAGUGGAAGAAGAAGAAGUGACAGAAGGAGCAAGUAAACCAGAGAAGAGGCUUAGUUCGAUGUCUUACAAGUCUCGAGAGGAAGAUCCAUCUCUUACAGAAGAUGAGAUCUCAGCCAUGUACUCGACGGUGAGUAAGCCGGGACAGGCCAUCAAGGCACUGGAUUCUCCUUACACCUGUAUUCAAGAAAUUGCAUCUCAGAGGUCCCCAUCUAUUUGCAGUGGCCUCUACGCAAGUGUGAAGGACUUCGAAAACACCCUAAAUAUUACCACUGUGCCUCAGUCAGCGGACAGACCAAACGGGGAGCUGGAGCCUGACUAUGAAGCUAUCCAGUCAGUGAGCCAAGAAGAAGACAGGACCUUGUCUGUGCCUAACACAAACCACACUGCUCUUUCGGGAGAGAAUGACUAUGAGAGCAUAGGGGACUUGCAGCACCACAGGGAUUUCACCAGACUUUAACUACUCUGGCAGGCAGAUUUCAGCAUUUAUCUGAUCCGCUGGUUAUUUUCAAAGGAACAUGUGAAAUGUGGAGAGGGAAGUGCUU